GAACAUCAAGUCAGCUGAUGAUCAUCAAUUGCCUGUUAGGAUUCGUACAGUAAAUUAAAAACGAAAAAUUCGUCAAUAAUAAUGGCUCUAAAAAUUACCUUAUUAUUCGCUCUCAUUGCAACAGCCAUUGAGUUCGUAUACAGUGUGCCGAUCUCAGGAGAUUUGACUGAUGUGCUAAACACCGACUCACGAGGAAGUGGCGGUGCAAAUCCAAACGGUCUUCUAAAUGGUUUCCGAAGUCUUCUAGAUGACCCACUAUGUGGUGUUGGAUUGGGGUGUGACGACUGUGUUGGACCUUUGAGUGGCCUUCAGCCACCGUUAGGAGGCCCAAUCAAUUCACUUGGAUUAGGCGUCGAUUGUCAGGGUAACAAUUGUGGUGGAAAUGAUGGAGACGUACCAAUCGGUAACGGUAAUGAUGAUGGUGACGUACCAAUCGGUAACUGUAAUGAUGAUGAAAACGUGCCAAUCGGAGGCGGCAAUGGUGAUGGAAACGUACCAAUCGGCGACGGUAAUGAUGAUGGAGACUGUAAUUGUCAAGGCGACGCAGUACCAAUCAACGAUGGUGAUGACGGUCAUGAUUGCCAUGAUUGUGAUGAAGAUGAAUUAGGUCUUGACGUUCAUGUUGGAGGAGGCGAAUGUGAUGAAUAGAAAGUAUUGGGUGUUAUUUUUCGAAAACAUAUGUCAAACUGUGACAAGAGUUUAAUAAAAAAAAAAAAAAAUUAUGGU